UUCGAAUUGACGUGAAUACAAUUGUUAUAACUGGACCAUGUCUGAUGACACCGAUUAUUCGACCUUGCCCUUAGAGGAAAGAUUGGUCCAUAAGGUCUGGAAAGUCAGACUUCAAUCUUAUGAAGAAAUUACGAAAUCAUUUCAAAAUUCACGUAACGAGAGUGAUCCAUGUUUUCAAUACUUUAAUUCCCAUCCUGAUAUAGUUAAGAAGAUUGUCAUGGACUCUAACGUAGUUGCACAAGAAACUGGGAUUGCUGCCACUAUAGCAUUAUUAGAAUAUGGAGGAACCCCGAUGAAUAUAACAAAAUUGAAGAAUUGCGGGAUUGUAUCAGCAAUUUGUGAAAAGGGUUUACUGUCAUCGCGUGCUGGAACUAAAGCCAAAUCCAUAGAUGUACUUUUAUUAUUCAUAGAGCUUUCAAAUAAUGUGGAUCCGGUUAUCGAAGAAAUGUUACCCUUCUUAACCCACCGUUUACCAAAAUUAGUGGCUGGUAAUGUCUUAGCAUUGACUUCAAUAGUUGAAAAUUUCGGUUGUCAUUCAAUUAUAAAUCCAAAGUUAAUCAUUCCAUCGUUGUCUAAACUUUUCGCUCAUGCUGAUAGAAAUGUUAGAGCUGAAGCCACUAAAUUGACUGUGGAGAUGUAUAAAUGGAUGGGCGAUGCUUUGAACACCGUACUUUUCCCUGACUUAAAACCUGUCCAACAAAAAGAUUUAACUGCAGCUUUCGAGAAAGUAAAAGGUGAACCAGUUGAGCAAAAACGUUAUACCAAGACUCAACAAUUCGAAAUUGCUAGAAGAGAAGAACAAGAAGCCGCUGCGGCAAUUUUGGCAGCUAGUGGAUCAAGAGAAAAUAGUUUCAAUGCUGGUGAAGCUGUUGAUGUUGAGAUGGAAGAAGCGAAUCCUCCAAAAUUCGAUGCUUAUGACUUAAUGGACCCAGUUGAUGUUUUAUCAAAGUUCCCAUCUGAUUUGAAAUCAAGAAUGGGUUCGUCUAAAUGGAAAGAUCGUAAAGAAGCCUUGGAUGAAGUCCAUGAAGUUUUAUCAAAAGCUCCGAAAUUAGCUACUGAUGAUUACUCGGAUUUUGUAAGAAUUUUAGUUAAGUGUAUGAAAGAUGCUAAUGUUCAAGUUGUACAAUUGGCUUCAAAUUGUGUUGAAUUUUUAGCAAAUGGUUUGAAGAAUGAUUUUUCCCGUUACGUUAAUAAUAUAGUUGGUCCAAUGGUUGAAAGAACAAAAGAGAAAAAACCAUCUGUUGCAGAAGCUUUGAACAAUGCCUUGGAUUCUCUAUUUAAUAUUUCUAGUUUAUCGGAAAUUUUAGAGGAUACUAUAAAUUUAGGUAUGAAACAUAAAACUCCUCAAGUCAAGAUAUCCGCUACAAAAUAUUUACAAAGAUGUUUAGCUAAUACCCCAACCCCACCUAAAUCUGCGGAAGUUGACGAAAUUAUGGCAAUUGGGGUCAAACUUUUAAGUGAUUCACAAGAGCCAGUUAGACAAGCAUCAACUGAGCUUAUCGGGACUUUAAUGAAAAUCACUGGUGAAAGAGAAAUAAAUCCAUUUUUAGAAAAAAUUGAUGAUAAUAGAAAAAAUAAGGUAAAAGCGUUUUAUGAAACUGUUACCAUUAAAGCAAAAGCACCCAAGGCAGCUCCUCCUAGGGCAGCUCCUCCAACAAAUAAAAGAGCUUCCAUGGCUCCUAAGGCAUCAUCAGCAAAACCUGCAGCAACCAAUAAUCGUGCAUCUAUAGCAGGUCCUCCUGGAGGUCUCACGAAACCAAAAGUUCCAAGUGGUCAAACAAUUCCUUCAAAGAGAUCAGCCACUUCCCCUGCUAAAAGAGUGGAUGAUAAUCAAAAAGUUGCCUCCUCCGCAAGAAGUUUGACCGGUAGAUCAUUACUCUCUUCUAAUGCAGCACCACCAGCAUAUCCGAGCCAAUCCUCACCACAAGCAAUUCAAGAACAACCAGCCCAACCACAACCAACUCCACAACAACUUGGAAUAUCACAAGCAGAAAGAGAUGAGUUGAAUAGCUUAAGAAAUGAAAAACAACAGUGGUUGAACCAAAGAGAACAACAAUUACAUAUGCAAGAACAAUUUCAAAAUGACAAAUUAAGAUUAAAUCAUGAGGUUGCAACUUUAAAACAAGAAAAUGAAAUGAUUAAAAAGGCACAAACCAAUACAGAGCUCAUGAGUAAACAGAAGGAUACUCAAAUCGUAAGGUUGAAGAGUGACUUAGAUUCAUCUAAAUUGAAAAUAAGAGAUCUCGAGCAGACCAUUGAAAUGAUUAAAUUGCAACAAAAACAACAACUUAAUUCUCAACAACAAUCCCCAUCAAUCCAAAACCUUCAAACUAAUCACCAGCAGCAAUCUCCCCGUCUAUUCAAUGAACUGAUCACCAAUAACGAUGUUAGACAAAGCAUUUAUUCGCCUGAUAGACAAUUCUUCCAUCCAAGAAUUAGUUCUGGUGAACUUAGCUCUCGUGUAAACAGAUUAUCAAUUGAUGGCAGUGAAGCAUUUAAAGAAAAUCUUUAUAGUCCAUCGGCCUCUCAAACCACAUUCAACCGCUUCCAGUCGAGCCCACUGAAAAUAGCUGAGAAUGCUAACAAAACCGCUCCAGAAGCCAAUGGUGGUGAAGGCCUCGUAACUGAUGAAGAAAGCUGGAAGAGAGCUGCUGAAGUAACCUCUCAAUUGAAAGCAAGAAUAGAAAAAAUGAAAGCAAGAUCAAGACAUACUAAUAACAAGGCAUUAUAAGAAAGCACCUUGUCAUUGUCCUCGCUUGUAUGAGAUUUUAUAAUAGAGAUACUCCAUACAUAACU